UGCAGUGUACACUACAUAUACUACCACGACGCACCGCACGCGUAUAGUAUACACACAAAGUUCCUUUUUUCAUAAACUCUACGUGCUCCCUUAGAUUCCCUCCUUUUCCUCCCUCCUUUUUCUUUGACUCUGUAGCUUUGCAAUUGCAAUUCCAGCCCCCUCUACCUCCCUUCCUCCCUGCUCCGAAGAAGAUAACACAACUCCAUUGAUUCCAUGCAUCUUUCUCCGAAUCUUUCAAUUAAUCUCAACACCCCCUGCAACUUAAUUCCCUUGUUUCAUAUUUUUCUCCCCACCUGCUUCCUUAGCUUCUUGUGUUUCUGAUUUCUUUGAAACCGUGCCUUUUGGUGCCCUUACCUUCAUUCUUGGCACAUACAUAGAUGUGUGCAGUAAUUUUGGCUUGUGUGUUAGUUGUUGUAUGAAAAAGCUGUGGUUUUUAUUGGGGUGUGUGGAAUGGCUGCUAUAAACAAUGGGGGGAAGGGUAAGAAUUCGACCAGUGGAGUAGAGAAUUCUGUGGGUGCGGGUUCUGGUGUUUUUGUUGCUCCGCCGAUGAGAUUCCAGAAUAACCAGAAGAUUAACAUGGAGUGGAGUGCUGAAGAACAGGCUAUACUGGAGGAAUGUCUUGUCAAAUUUGCAUACGAUUCAAACAUAGUUCGCUACGCAAAAAUUGCUGUGCAGCUGAAUAAUAAGACGGUCCGGGAUGUGGCGUUGCGCUGCAGAUGGAUGGCUAAAAAGGAAAACGCGAGGAAAAGGAAAGAGGAUCUGAAUCCAUUGAGGAAGAUGAAAGAUAAAAAGGACAAAUUGAUCGAUCCCGCAUCAACAACAAGUUCCAACUUAAUGGUCCAGCCUGGUUUUUCUCCUUACGCCCAAGGAACAGCUACCAAUAGCAAUGGCAAUUCAGCCUCAUUAAAUGCCACGGUACAACUUCUUCAACAUAACUCUCAGGUCUUUGAUCAGAUUUCUGCAAAUCUCUCCUCAAAUCAGAUACAGGACAACAUUGUUCUCUUGUGUCAAGCUCGCGAUAAUCUCUUCAGAAUAUUAAGCAACCUUAAUGAGCAGCAAAACUUCGUAGCUCGGAUGCCACCACUUCCGGUUGAGGUGAACGAGGAGCUGGCUAAUUCCAUUCUUCCCCCCUCGACUCGUCUGAGGAAGUGAUGGUCCUUUUCACCGCAAUGAUUAUCCUAAAGGAAGAGAGUUAUUAAUCAAGUUCUUGACUUCUUGCUCUAGAGAAACCAGUUUCAAGUAGAUUUAAAGGGUAUAUAUAUUUGAGUAAUUUACUUUGUGUUUUUGAUUUCCUACUAGAAUGAGUCUGAACAGCUCGGUUUAUAAGGAUGUAAGAUUGUACAGCAAUAAAGCAGACAUAUCUUGCAUUACAAAUUCAAGGUUUCCUUUGAUUAAGGUAGUAGUAGUUUACAAACCUCUCUGCUGGAGAAGCAAAUUACAGAUGUAGGAACAGAAUUUGCAGGUAAUAGACACAGCAGUGUGAAUAAUAAAUAGUGUUUGUAUUUCUUUCAAA